AUGGCAGGCAUUGGCGAAGAAAACCACAAAAAGCGAAAGCUCCCCGACGUCCCGGAAAUCGAGAUCGAUGUGUCUGCGCCGGAGCCUCCAUCCAAGAAGGCGCUGCGCAAAGCCAAAAAGAAGGCCGGCGAUACCCCCGGAGAUGCUACAACCGAAGUGAAACCUGCUGCCCCAACGGAAGACAAAGACGCGUCCAAAAAACGCUCUGACUACGGCGUUUGGAUCGGAAACCUCGCCUUCUCCAUCACCAAGGAUGAUUUGCGCAAGUUCUUCAUCGGCCACUGCUCGUUCUCCGACGCUACGAUCACCCGGGUGCAUAUGCCCAAGGGCGCAGAGAAGCACGGCAAGUCCCAGAACAAGGGUUUUGCCUACGUCGAUUUCUCCACAGAAAAGGCCAUGAAGGAGGCCUUGGGGCUGAGCGAACAACUCCUCUCCGGGCGCCGGGUCUUGAUCAAAGAUGCGAAGAACUUUUCGGGUCGGCCAGAGAAAUCGCAGGAAGAAGGGCAGGCAGGGGGCUCUACCGCGUCCGGUCACCCGCCCUCAAAACGCAUCUUUGUUGGAAACCUCGGCUUCGACGCUACAAAAGAGAUCCUGGAGGAGCAUUUCAGCCAGUGUGGACCACUGGCGCAUGUCCAUAUCGCUACGUUUCAGGAUUCGGGCAAAUGCAAGGGAUAUGGCUGGGUCACGUUUGAAGACCUUGCCGCCGCCGAAGCAGCGGUGAAGGGAUUCGUCAUGGUCAAUGAAGACGACGACGACGAGGAGGAGGGGGACGCGGAGGAGGAGGCCCCGAAAAAGUCGAAGAAGCCCCGACAGAAACGCGUGUGGGUGAAUAACCUCUUGGGGAGACGGAUGCGGAUGGAAUUCGCCGAGGAUGCGACAACCCGGUACAAGAAGCGAUUUGGGAAAGACGGAGAGGGCAAGAAGAAGAAUGAGGAGUCAGAGAUCAGUGAAGUCGUCGAUGGACAGGAACAGCCUUCUCGGCCUCGGAAAGGCCGCCAGGGCAAACCCGAAUACAGCCGGUACGAUGAGGGUACUGUACAAAAGCUCAGCGGCGCCAUUGUGGAGGCUCAAGGCCAGAAGAUCACUUUUGACUGA